AAAAAAAGGAAAUUCACAAUUAAAAGUGUGAAAUAAGAAUAAACUUUUACAAAAGCGAUUGAGAGAAAUAUUAUUACUCUUGUAAAAAGCGCUUCUCCUUUGGGUUGGUCAAUGGAGCGCGCCGUGGACAGAAAGGCUGGAACUCCUGAAGUGGUCGAUGUCGAUAAGAAGAACAAAGGGAAGUCUAUACUAAACUCUGUAGAGGUGGGGAUGUCUACUUCUCAUCAGCCUUGGUGGUUCCCGAGUUUAGCCAGCAAGAGAACCUCAAAACCAAGUAGAAACACUUGUUCUAGUCCUGGAGCAGCUCAAGCUAAUUUUCUGCGGGACUUUAAGAGAUUUGAUACUGUUGCUUAUUUCUCAGAUCAUCACUAUUUUUCUGUGGGGUAUGGGAAUUCUUUAAAGCAGCGCUCAAGGACUUGGGUGAAAAAGAUUCAAGCAGAUUGGAAGAUUCUUGAGAAUGGUUUGCCAGAGAUGAUAUAUGCUAGAGCUUGUGAAUCAAGAAUUGAUCUUAUGAGAGCUGUAAUUAUUGGAGCUGAGGGGACUCCUUACCAUGACGGUCUUUUCUUUUUCGAUAUUUACUUCCCUGAUACCUAUCCUUCAGUGCCUCCAAUGGUUCAUUACCAUUCCGGUGGGCUUAGUAUCAACCCUAAUCUAUACAGCUGUGGUAAAGUAUGCUUGAGUCUUCUCGGUACCUGGUACGGAAAUACGAGGGAGAACUGGCUCCCACAAGAGUCCACAAUGUUACAGCUCCUCGUCUCGAUCCAAGCACUUAUCUUGAAUCAAAAACCUUAUUUCAACGAACCGCUCAUGGUGUGGACCAAGUGGACACCAUUAGGCCAGCCUUUUUCUAAAGGUUACAGUGAGAACGUAUUCAUAUUGUCGUUAAGGACGAUGGUUAACAGCAUGAGGAGACCACCGAAGCACUUUGAAGAGUUUGUUCGUAGCCAUUUCUUUGAGCGGGCUCACGAUAUAGUGAAAGCAGCCAAUGCUUAUAUAGACGGAGCUCCUGUUGGUUCCAUAGUUAAAGGAACUAGCGAGAGCGGGUCCAUGAAGUUUAGGACCGAUGUGGCUGUCUUCAUGAAGACAGUUGUGGAUGAAUUCGUUAAACUAGGAGUCAAGGAGCUUCAAGACAAACUGAAACCACCACCUGUGAAUCAAACUAACUCAUCGAGGUUGUGUUUUAUAUUGAGUAUGCUAUGUUUAUUGGGAUAUUUUGUUGUUGGUCGUUAGUGGUAGCAUCAAAGACAAGUUAUGAAGACUCGCUUAACACGGGCGAGCAGAGGAGUGCUGACCCCUUUUUUUUAUCUUUACUAUGUCGACAAGUAGUUUAAAACUAUUAUUUUUUCGUUUUUAGUUUUACAUUUAAUAUUUGAUUUAUUAAGUUGAGAGAUCUCAAAUUUCUAACAAAUAAUCGAUUACAUGC